UGCUUUCCUAAUAAUGAUAAUAAUUCCUUGUUGAAACUUAAAAUCAGUUUAAAUCAAACAAAAAGUUGUUGACUUGUAAGUUUUAAUUUAUUAUUUCAGUUAUAUAAUUGCGCCAUUUAAUAAUAUAAAUAAAUAAAUUAAACCACAAGAAUGUCUCAAUUCUCAAAGUUUAUAGAUAUUAGCUAAAACAGUACGCUGCGUACAGUCGUAAUAUUAAAUAAGUAGUAUUUUACUGUCUUUAUAUUGGUCCAGAGACCAAAAUAGUGUUUUCUAUAAAAGAUUGUUGCUGUGCCUUCCUUAACAUAGGGAUGGAACAUCCAGCUAGCAGCGUUGCUUCAUUGCUUCGUAAGCUGUGUGAAGGAUUGUCACCAGAUCCAGAUGGUGCAUAUGAGUUAGCUCUGUCUUAUUUAGCCACCAAUGAAAAAGUUCGGUCAGUGAAAGAUGAGAGGCAGUUAUGCCAAAAAAUUAAUGCACGAAUGUCAGCAAGAGAUUCUGAUAAAUUCAAUGAAUCGUAUGCCAAGUUAAAGAAUUCUUUUGUAUUGAAGCAACGAGUAGCAGUGUUGUCACUAUUAUUAGCUCUCUCGGAAACUCCACAGAGUUCUGAGUCUACCAUGCAGCUGUUUCCAAUGCCAGAUCUUGCAGUUCCUAUUCCAGCAGUAGGCUCGACUGCAGCUGCUUCAAGUUCUAGCAAGAGUACAAUAGGGUCUGCCAGCUGGAGCAGCCAUGCUCCCAAACAGCAAGGGUCCAACCAAAGUCUGCCUUCCAUACCAAACAACAAUUCGGGCAUUCCUUUUCCAUCUAAUGAUAGAUGGAGUGAGCGAUCGUGCGUGCGGGACGCCGUGCUAGCCGCUACUGGUGUCAAGGCGCGUGGCUCGAGCACCUGGCCGCGGCCGGUGCAAGUGCUGUACUCGCGGAUAACACAUCUAGGCUUCCUACACGAUCGCCUCAAGGAGUUUAUUGAUCCUUCAUCAGAACUUAUGCCGCAAGGGCUAAUGGGUGAAGGGUUAGUGACUUCAAUACGAGAUGAACUCACUGAGUACUAUCGCAGCAUUGCAAUAUUGCAGUCUCAGGUGUGCGAAGGAGAUGGCGGCGGUGGCACGUUGCGGCGUGUCUGCGUGUGGGCUCAGGAACCCUUACAUCGACUUACAUGGUUGGCUAAUAUUGCACAUACAGCACACCACAAGAAAGGUGGAGAGUUAGCGUCAUGUGUCCAUUGCUUCGUGCGGCACGGCGACGAGCGCGUGGCGACGCUCGCGCGGCGCCUGCUCACCGCGCUCACGUAUCCUCUGCUGCUCAUGCUCACACGGUGGCUACUGCACGGAGAGAUUGACGAUCCAUUCAAUGAGUUCUUCAUUGAAAGCAGAAGUGGGGUACCCAUCGACAGAAUGUGGCAUGAUAAAUAUAGAGUGAGGGAAUGGAUGGUACCGUCGUUCAUGUCGCGGGAGCAGGCGGCACAGAUCCUAGCGACCGGCAAGAGCGUGGUGUUCAUGCGCGAGGCGUGCGCGGACGAGCCCAUGCCGGCUGACCACCACCACCACCUGCACGACCUGCUCAAGUCACACGCCGCUUCUGUGACGAGCCUCGGUCGGCCUGCGGAGGCGGCGGAUGCGAGUGACGGCGCGGCGACGGCGUGGUGGGAGGCGCACGGGCUGCGCGCGGGCGUGGGCGCGGCGCACGCGGCGGCGUCGGCGCGACUGCUGGCCGCGCUCACCACGCACCACCACCUGUUGGACCACCUCGCCGCGCACCGCCGCUACCUGCUGCUGGCGCAGGGCGACUUCGUGCACCACCUGAUGACGCUGCUGCAGGAGGAGCUAAACAAGCCGGCGACGUCAUUAUACGUGCACAAUCUGACGUGCACGCUGGAGACAGCCGUCCGUGCGACUAACGCGCAGUUUGAGCCACCGCACGUCCUCGCGCGCUUACACGUCAACCUAUAUCCUAACUGCGACGGGCGUGAGGACAGCGGGUGGGACGUGUUCGCGCUGCAGUACCGCGUGGACGGGCCGCUGGGCACGCUGUUCCCGGCCACGUGCGCAGCUCGCUACCGCGCGCUCUUCACGCAGCUGUGGCGCGUCAAGCGCAUCGAGCACGCGCUGCACCACGCCUGGCGCGACCACACCAUCCUGCAGAAGAGGCUCAGGACCAUGCCUGAGGUGUGGGGUCUAAUGCGGCGCGUGUCGUGCCUGCGCGCAGAGGCGCUGCGGCUGUGCGGCGCGCUGCAAGAGGCCAGCUUCGAGGGCGCGGAGGCGGCGUGGGCCGAGCUGCUGGCGGCGGCUGCGGCGCGGCAGCACCUCGACCGCCUGCUGGCGCUGCACCACCGCGCGCUCGACCGCCACUCCAUACACGCCAUGAUACACCACACCACACAGGAACUCCAGUCAUAUCUCGGCAAUGUGCUAAACGAGACUCUCUCAUUGCGGAGCUUCGAGACGACUCUGCACGCAGGCAUCAACCGCGAGCUCGAACGGCGCGACCAACUCGAGCAAUUGAAAGCUGAACGAGUUUCACGAGGAGAGUUCCCGGUCGGUAGUGCAGAUGAAGCCCGAGAUAAGGAAAAGAGGAAGAUAUUCCAACAAUUCUUAGCUAACAGAAAGGCUGAUUUAAAUGUUUGGGCGCGAACUUACAGAGGCCAUGUGACUACGCUGAUUCUAAAGCUAGCCUUACACGCUGAGGUGUCGCUCCAAACACUGGCCUUCCGACUUGACUAUAGUGACUUCUACAAACGCGGUGACGCUAAGCUUCAUGAACCGCUCACAUACCAACACAAGCGUCUCAGCGAGAUCGGCCUUCAUUUAGCUAAGAGUAAACUGAUGGAUAACUCAAGAAAAAAGUGACACGUCCCGUCGUGCGUCGUGUUGUUGGAGCCAUCCAUUACCAUAUUAUGUUCGCCGUUGAUUGGUUUAGGAUGUGUUCGCUCAGACUAAACAUAGUUAACAACGUAAUUAACUUAGCUUUCUUAGAUAAACCUAUUUUUAAGGUUCUGUGCCCAAAUGGCACCCUUUGACUAUUACUAAGACUCCGCUGUCCGUCUGUCUGUAUGUCAGCGAUUGAAACUCGUGAAUCGUAAUAGGUAGAGAGUUGAAAUUAUCAUAGAAUGUGUAUUU